AUGAAUGUUAACUCUUCUAUUAUCAUCUUUUUAUCCUUCAUUGAGCUUUCACGGGCACUUAUGAAUAACCCAUAUCGAGGUCCCUCUACAUUAUUGACGAAAUUUUUACAGGAACAGCAUGUACCAUCAGCUCCCCCGGACGGGGUGAUCAUCGUGAAUCAUGAGAUGGAGCUAGUUCACAUUAUUGCCCUUGAUGAACUCAAACAGACAAUGAGAGUGCUUGUUUAUGUUGUGCAGGAAUGGAAUGACCCGUCGCUCUCAUGGGAUCCACAAAACUUUGCGAAUCUCACUCACACUUGGUUGCCAAUCAACACCGUCUGGAUUCCAGAUAUCAUCGUUUUUAAUAUGUUGGAGCAUUCAGAAUUGUUGAAAGCAGUGAGAACACCGGUAAAAAUCGAAUACACUGGCAGAGUCACUUUCACGUAUCCAGCAAUCUACGCAGUGAUGUGUGAAUUGAAGAUCAAAGACUUCCCAUUCGAUGACCAAUCUUGCACGUUGCGUGUAGCUUCUUGGGGUUAUGAUCAAGAGAAAAUCUUGAUGAAUGCCUCAAAUAAAGCCCAUCUUGAGCACUACCUUUGCAAUGAGGAAUGGGCAUUGCGGAAUGUUGGGAUUACAAAUGCCACGUAUCAACACGAGGGACUCGUCGUGUCUGAGGUCGAGUAUGAGAUUUCGGUGAGGAGGAAACCUUUAUUCUACAUGAUCACUCUUGUACUUCCCUCAUACAUCAUUUGUAUUCUGUCGGUGGCUGGACUCUUUGCGCACUUCUCAACGAAAAAUGAGCGCCAGGAAAGAUUCACUCUUGGCGUUACCGCAAUUCUCACCAUGGCUGUUCUCUCGCUAGUUGUUGCUGAGAAAGUUCCGCACAGCUCUGAAGAAGUGCCUCUUAUGGUUGUCUACUUUCACUUCAACAUCAUCACCGUGACAAUGGCCACUGUAUUCACAUCGACGGUGAUGAGGGUACACUGGAAGGGAUUGCAACGACGGGGUGCACCUCCACCAUGGAUUUUGAGAGCUUUGUAUAUCAAAGAACAUGAAGAAAGUCAUAAAGAUGAUGAUGAGGGGAUUGAGGAAGAUGUCGAAGGAGACCUGCCAUCAACUUCUUGCGGCGUACCGAAGUUAAAUCCCAAUCGAAAUCAAGGUCUUCGUCGAAAACUCCGUCAUUCGAUCAUCAAAUCCGAGCAAUGGCACUCAAUCAGUCGACGUCUCGAUUAUCUUUUGACUUUUAUAUUUAUCCUUUUAAUUACUGGCCCCACUUUGUACAUGUUCUAUAAAAAUCAUGAACGAAUGGAGGAUGGACAUGGGGGUUUAGUGAGAGCAUGUCAAUUU